AUGAAGCGGCAAGGCACGGCUCGCAACAAGGUCCAUCACCAUCACCAUCGCCAAACCUUACCUUUUCUGCACUGCACCCCAGAGCUGCUCCUUGUGCACGCGCACCAAGUAUUAACUUCGCAGCACCGCACUGUCGCUCGCUGCGAAAUCUCAGCAGCAGCAGCAGCGGCAUCAGCAGGCGACACGGAUGGCUUCCGUGGUCAGGCUGCCCCCAAGCCGUCAUGGGGUCGGAAACAACAUCACCUGAGGGGCAAACCAGACCCCCAAGCUGGCUGGGGGCGGAAAUCGCAUGUGCUGGCUGGCUGCACCACCGUCCGUCAGCAAGUCGUCGAGAUGCCCAUCCCGCCGAUCUUGCCAAUUAGCUGCAUGGCGCUAACCGGCUCGAGAGCCACACCCACAUGCCCCGUGCUCGGCCGUAGCCGGGCGCCAGUCGACAGCCUGCGCCUCGAGCCUCAUCCGCACGGCAGCACAGCAGCAGUUGGUGGCCAGUCGACAGUCCCUCUCCUGGGGCGUUUCAGCACUCCCUUUCCAUCCUUCCCCAACGACUACUGCACUGCUGCUCCUGGCCACAUCCACUGGCUCCGCGCACUCCCACCAGGGAAUCAGAGAGUCCCAGUCGUCUGCUCAGCCCCGUGGAGUUUCUCUUCGGUCUUGCCCAGGGCGCAUCGUACAGCACCUGCCAGGUCAUUGGACCCUGACUUCACGGCCGUGCCCCAGAGCCCACACUGGCAUCGACGACGGAGUCCAACGCCUGCAGGACUUUCGCACCCGGCAACUCGUCAAGGGACAGCAGGUUCAGUGUGCACUCAGCAGGACUUCGCCCACCAUAUACUCGGGACCCAACUUCUUGCUGAGUCCAAGGAGGCAAAGCUAGCCUCGAGAUCUCGCCUCUUGAUCACUUCCAACCCACCUGGGACUCAGUUGCGUCCCACAACCGCAGUCAUGGGCACCGAUCACCAGGGUUUCGCGCAUCAGAAGCUCCCUUCUGGACUCGCUGGCGUGCUCAAUGCCCCCGAAGAGACGCGCGACUCCGCCUAUUUCUCGAGCACUGAUGCUUCGAGCAAACACACUUCAGCUGCCUCGAGCAUUGGGCUCAACGUCUACCAUUCAGUCCACGAUACCACCCCAUCGCCCACGACCACGAACUUGGUCCCGAUUGCGUCCCCAACCGGCAACAUGAGCGUAGCGUCGAUGGUCUCCCCCACCCUGCCAGUCAAUCGCCGUCUCGACCGUCCCCAAUCUAUCGAGUCUGGCGCCUUCAACGGCAACGGUGCGUUCGGCCCGGAAUCCAGACGUGAGAGCGUCGACAGCAGAAUGAACCAGCACUUUGGCGACAUGCGCCUCGGGAAUUCACCAUAUGCCAGCCAGAAUCAUUCCACGACCUCGAUCCAGGGAACGCUAGCACAACAGCGGAACCCACGCGCUGGCGUUGAUCAACUGGCUUCACACAGAAUCUCCAACGGCUAUCAGCCAAAUAUCGACCGGACCCCCGACGGCCACCCCAAGGUUACUCGCACUGCCCCCGCGAUCACAGGUCCCGCGACAAGUCACAUCGCCCGAGCGGCGGAGCCGACCAAGGGCCAGGCUUGGGCGUUCCCCGAAGAAGAAAUCAAGCGUGUCCCGUCGUCCAUUGCCACAACCAGCUUUAUUGGUUCGCGCAGAAGCAGCGUGGCUGAGUCAAUCGCGAGCAGCCAAUUCACCACAGAGUCGCGCCUGCCUCCAGGCCAGCGACGCCUGGACGAGAGUAAUGGCCCGGAUUUCCCGCGCUUGUCGAAUGUUUCCGGAGAUUACCCUUCACUGCACCAUCAUUCCCUGCAGCACAAGCAGCUUUCCGACUUGCACAGUGAGGAGUCGAGCCCUCACGGUGGUGCCCAACCAUACAGCCGGACGCCUGAGCUGCGGAUCAGUCACAAGCUCGCCGAGCGAAAGCGCAGAACGGAGAUGAAAGAUCUGUUCGAUCAACUUCGCGAUCUCAUGCCUCAGGAGCGUGGAUCAAAAGCUUCCAAGUGGGAGAUUCUUUCUCGAGCGAUUGCGGAGCACCAGAGACACACAGACACCAUCAAGCAACUAUCUGCUCACUGUAACACAGUGAUCCAGGAGGCCGAGAACAUGCGUCGUGAGCUGGAGAUGCUUCGCAUGGAGAACACGCAGCUGCGCAACGGCAUGAACGGCACCCCGCAGGCCCAGACUUCGCCAACUCACCAGGCUCCGCCGCAACCAUCAGCAGACCCAUACGCGUCCGAUCCUUACGGAAGAAACUCGCGCCCCGAGCUACCACCACUUCGAGCACUCAGUGGUAACAUUCCAAGCCAAUCUGACUCGAUGACCGGGGUCCAGUAUGAUGCCCAGAGGACCAAUGGGUACCGGCCUGACAGAUACUGAGCCAAUUGCGCUACGGGCUCGCAUGGCAAGCAGGUUCCCUUGCUGUCUCUUCACGGAGCAGUCACCCUUUCUUCACUUUGACUUUCAUGGACAUGAUACCCAUUUUUUUCACCUCGGAAGUGCCCAAACCAUCAAUACGGAAUGUUGCGGGCGAUGCAACCGCGGUCGAAACUACUUUUCUUUCUUUAUGGCGAGUCGAACCUGCUCCCUUUCUCGUGGACCCAGCCUCUCGCAAUAUUUCGUGUGCGGCGUUACGACAUAGCACCUGCCGCAAUGCUCGUCUCACACGAGCUUUUUAGAAUCAUCACUGCUUCUUGUGCCACCACUUCCAUUUUCAUCUUUCUGGCAUUGUGCGAGAGAUUCAUCUCGUAAUCCUCUUCCGCAGCAAAUG